GCAGGGCUGGUCACCAUAGCAACCACAAGCAUUGGAGAGGCUACUAAAGAAAGCGUCUCUCUUUUUCUGUGUGUCUAUUUUUGUCUCACAUGUUUUUGUUUUUCAGUGAUCUUCAGCUUUAUGUUUAAUGACCUGCGGCACAUGAAUCAGCUACAUUUCUUCAGGAACGGAAAUCUGCGUCAUCUCUGUUUAUCCAGCAAGAGGAUUCUAGGAUUUCAAUGUGCGCUACAGUGGGAUCUGACGGAUCGGUCGGAUGGAUCUUUGAAGGGGGAUUUAUGGAUGUAGUCAUUGUAGUUACAUUUGUGCUUGUCAAAGGCUACAGCAGGGAAUUGACAAGACCUACAGUGCCUAAAAUAAAUAGCUCAUUAACGUGAAGAUUAUGGGAGAAUUAGUAAUGGUUGUCUGAGUGAUCAUCACUACUAGUGCUUCUAGAACAAACCCAUCACAGAUUUAUGGUGACUGAAGAGCGUGAAUCAGAUGUGCAGAGUGAGAUGAUGUGCUCGUACCUGGAGUCAGGAUGCAAGUACAUAGCAACCACCAUGAACAUCCUAAAAACUCUAUAGCAAUGUGCUGCUGUGAUUAAAAUUGAGUGUUAAUUGUGUGUGUUUGUCAUGUUCAGUGUGAUACAGUAAACUAUGACACACGGACCUCAUUUCUCCAAUCUCACUGAGACUGUAAACACAGAAGAUGAGAGUCACUCCUCCUCGUCCGUCUGUCCGCUGUGUCGUCGUAGUUUUGAUGUUGCUCUGAUGUUGCCCUGUUCUCACACGCUGUGCGGCCGCUGUUUAACCGGAGGGGCGCGGCUGGGUGGAGUCAGGGGUGUGUCCUCCGCCUCUCGUCCAAUCUGUGCCGUUCUCUGUUCAAACUGUCGUCACAGCGUCGAGCUGCCGUGCUUUGAGUGGUCAUCUGCAUUGACCUGUCUGCCCUUUGACCCUACAGUGAUGCUUGACCCUAAAGUAAAGGUGGAGACAUUCACUGAUGGCAGUGUAGAUCUUUCUGAAGAAGAAAUGGAGAAAUCUGUUUCAGGUCUGGUGUUUACCCUGGAUUCCUCUUGUUCUGACCCAAACCUUAACCUCUCAAACUCCUCCCUGACUUUGACCUUUAGUGGUCAAACACCUUCAGCUCGUGACCGUGAUGCUUGUGAGUCUCGUGCUCUUCCUCAGGUGUGUGGAUGUGUGUCUGUCUCCAGAGGACAGUAUUAUUGGGAGGUGGACGUCUGCAACAGCGUCAUCUACAGGAUAGGUGUGAUUUCUUCAUCGGAUGGUCGUGGCUGGUGGCUGGAGAGACGUGGUUCUGUUUUCCAUGCUGUGUUUGACGGACGUCGUGAGCUCCUCCCCUCUAUACCUCCUCAGUUGAAAACAGUGGGUGUGUUUCUGAAUGUGGGAGGGGCUUCUUUAACCUUCCACAAUCCUGUCACUCAAGAGUUUUUGGCCGCGAUCCCCUCACGCUUCACUGUUCCCCUCCGCCCUGCUCUUCAAUUGGGCCAGGGAAAGCUGAAGCUCCGCCCCGGUUUGUCACCACCCAAUCACGUGUUUCUCGGCCAUAACUCUGCCUAUCGAGGGCCAGGUGGGGCGGGAGCUGGACGCUGGAGGCGGGAUGUGCCGUUCGGGUCUGUGAAGGCGGUGAUAGAGAAGUUUGAGGAGAUUUCAGGAGGGUCGGACUCAGAUUCGGGUCUGGUGUCUGGUUUCUGCUCCAGCUCAACACUCGGCUCACUGUCAGAACCCGUGGAGAACUCCAGCUGAGAAACGCCUCUGUAGAGAAAGAUUAACCUGAAGGCUGCAGCCUGCGGAGGUUGCAUGCAGGCUGCAUACGUCAUCAAGCCUGGUUUAUUUAAAGGUGCAGUGUGUAAAUUUUAGCGGCAUCUAGUGGUGAGGUUGCAAAUUGCAACCAAGGGCGUAGUCCACUGCUCACCCCUUGCUUUUGAAACACAUAUAGAAGCUACGGUGGCUGCCACCGGACAAACAUGCAAUCGUCGGAGACAACAAAAAAUUGUCCAUUAAGGGCUUCUGUAGAAAAAUGGCGGCACAAAAUGGCGACUUCCAUGUAAGGGGACCCUCAAUGUAUGUAGAUAAAAACGUCUCAUUCUAAGGUAAUAAACACAUAACGGUUCAUUAUGAAAGGUCUUUGUACACCCCUAAUCAUAUAGUUUUGUAUAUUAUUUUGCAUUUCUGUCAAGAGAUCCUUCUAAAAAUUACACACUGCACCUUUAAGUUACCAUAUUCGCAAGUCAUAAGCAUAUUACAACAAUUAAGGAUUAACUAAGAAUAAUAGUCAACUUUAUAAUUGUUAAUAUUCUGAAACGGCCAUACGGCAAAAAAAUAUAUAUUUUCAAAUAUAUUUUUAAUAUAUUUCAAAAUAUACAAAAAUUGCCAAAAAUAUAUUUUGAAAUAUAUUUACAAAAAUGUAUUUUCCACCAGUAUGUUUUUGGCCAUUUUCGGUAUAUUUUGAAAUAUAUUUUCAAAUAUUUAUAUUUAUGUCACAUUGAAAUAAAAAUGUACUUUAUAGAAUUGUAUA